UUUGCAGGUGCGGUGGAAAUGGCAGCUGUCGGAGUUUCGAUUGCGAUUUUCAACCAAGCAUCAAAAGUGACAAUAUUCCCUCUUGUUAGUAUAACUACUUCAUUUGUUGCUGAGGAAGAAACUCUUAAAAGAAUGAGUGAGAAAUUACAACAGCAAGAAGACGAAGAAGAUGACGUGGCGAAACCGUGUAAUAAAGCUGGCAAAGAAAUUCCGAAAGCCGCCAUACUCGAUGAAACUUCCAUGAUCGAAAACUUAGACAAGGGCUCGAUGAAUUUAGCAACGGAUGAAGCUAAAUUAGAUGAAGCCCCUAAUGAUGAAGAAUUGAAAAUGACUAGUUGCAAAUGUGUUGACGAAGCUCCGAUAGUCAGCACGAAUAAGGGGAAAACGAAGAAAAACGAGCGGAGGCAUAUUCCUUCGGCAUCUACUGCACUGAUUCUCGGGGGAGUUCUUGGACUCGUUCAAACCCUAAUCCUUAUAUUUCUCGCUAAACCUUUGCUAAGUGUUAUGGGCGUAAAAUCUGGAUCCCGAAUGCUAGCACCGGCAUUGAAAUAUCUAAUAAUACGAUCACUCGGGGCGCCAGCUGUUCUUCUCUCGUUAGCCAUGCAAGGUGUUUUUCGAGGUUUUAAGGAUACUAAAACUCCUCUUUAUGCCACUGUUGCAGGAGAUUUAACAAACAUAAUUUUGGAUCCGAUUCUCAUAUUCGCAUGUCGACUCGGAGUUAGUGGUGCAGCCAUUUCUCAUGUUCUCUCACAGUACCUAAUCUCCCUGAUUCUAUUGUGCAAAUUAAUGAAACAAAUUGACCUAAUGCCUCCAAGCAUCAAUGAUUUACAGUUCAGUAAAUUCCUCAAAAAUGGUUUUCUUUUACUAGCAAGAGUUAUAGCAGUAACAAUCUGUGUGACGUUAGCAGCCUCGUUAGCCGCUAGGCUCGGUGCUACAUCCAUGGCUGCUUUUCAGGUCUGCUUACAGGUUUGGAUGACGUCAUCGCUUCUCGCCGAUGGCUUAGCAGUUGCUGGACAGGCAAUUCUUGCUUGUGCAUUUGCUGAGAAAGACUAUCGCAAAGCAACGGCUGCUGCAGUACGAGUACUGCAGAUGGGAUUUGUACUGGGAUUAGGCCUCGCUCUUUUCGUUGGACUCGGGCUUGAAUUCGGAUCGGGGACCUUUUCCAAGGACAAAAAUGUCAUUCGUAUGAUCGCCAUAGGCAUUCCGGUACGUAUA